AUGCAACAAACAGCCGCCGUCAACAACAGCAGCAACAAUUUCAUGGAACACAACACAUGGUACAAUCAAAUGUUUGCCGCCAAUAUUAAACAGGAACCGGGUACUAGUCCCUACCACCCACAGCAACAACAACAACACACAAUGAUGGCCGCCUCCCAGUCACAGCACUCACCUUUGGAGAGCUACUUGAAGCAACACAGCAGCCACAACAACACCAACAACCAUUUACAGUUCACCAAUCCCGAAGCUGGCACUCCCUCACCCAACAAUGCCGCCGGCGAUUUCUUUGAACAACAACAACACCAGCUAUACCAACAACACUUUCAACAGGCCCAACAGGCUGCCGCUCAAAAUCAGGUUAGCUCUCAUCUGCCCUUGGGUUUCAAUCCAUUGACACCACCCGGUCUACCCAAUGCCGUAUUGCCGGGCAUGAAUCACUACUAUUCCGCUCAGCAGCAGCAGCAGCAACAACAACGUCUUUUGCAACAAACCCCCUCACCUGCCUCCUGCCUAAAUGAUGUUCAUCACGACAAGAGUUCUGCACUGACACCACGUCACACACCACCCAUGGACAUUACACCACCCAAGUCCCCCAAAACCUCAUCGGCGGUACAACCCAUGGACCAGCACCACGAAGAUCAAGACUUGAUCUCGAAUUCCAGUGAAGACUUGAAAUACAUUGCCGAAUCCGAAGAUGAUGAAUCGAUCCGCAUGCCCAUCUACAACUCACAUGGCAAAAUGAAGAACCACAAAUGCAAGUCCUGCGGCAUGGUGGCCAUCACCAAAAUGGCUUUCUGGGAACAUGCCCGCACCCACAUGAAACCCGAAAAGAUUCUGCAAUGUCCCAAAUGUCCCUUCGUCACGGAAUUGAAACACCACUUGGAAUAUCACAUUCGCAAGCACAAGAAUCUCAAGCCAUUCCAGUGCGAUAAGUGUUCCUACAGUUGUGUCAACAAGUCCAUGUUGAACUCACAUCGCAAAUCGCACUCUUCGGUGUAUCAGUACCGUUGUGCCGAUUGUGAUUAUGCCACCAAAUACUGCCAUUCCUUCAAGCUGCAUUUGAGGAAAUAUGAACACAAACCCGGUAUGGUUUUGGAUGAAGAGGGCAUUCCCAAUCCCUCGGUGGUCAUUGAUGUCUAUGGUACCCGCCGAGGUCCCAAAAAUAAGUCAGCAGCCAAUGCUGCCUUGAAAAAGGCCUGUAGCGAUUUGAAGAUACCUCCCACCUCACAAUUGUCCGCCGCAUUGCAGGGUUUUGCCUCGCAACAACCAGCUUCGCCAGCCAAGAGUAACAGCUCCGUGGCUUCGGAAUUGCCAGCCUUGACUUUGAAUAUGUCAUUGCAACAGAAUUUGCAGCAGCAGCAACAACAACAGCAAUCACCUGGUGGCCAAAGCCAAAGCAGUCAGCAGCAGCAGCAAAUUAACAACUUGUUACCUCCCCUGGCCUCGUUGUUGCAACAAAACCGCAACAUGGCCUUCUUCCCCUACUGGAACUUGAAUCUCCAGAUGUUGGCUGCCCAACAACAGGCUGCCGUCUUGGCCCAGCUAUCACCUCGUAUGCGUGAACAAUUGCAGCAACAACAACAAAAUAAGCAAAACGAAGCCACUGAUCCGGAACUCAUUGAUGGCGAGGAUGAUGAUGAAGAGGAAGAUGAUGAAGAUCAGGAGGAAUUCGAUGGCAAAUCGGUGGAUUCUGCCAUGGAUCUAUCUCAGGGUACCCCCACCAAAGAGGAACAACAAACCCCCGAAAUGGCCAUGAACUUGAAAUUGAGCGAAGAACAUGGUGAAACGCCUUUGUUCUCCUCCUCUUCGGCAGCCCGGCGUAAGGGUCGUGUCUUGAAAUUGGAUCAAGAGAAAAACGGCACAAUGCACAUACAAUCGGCACCCACCUCACCUCAACAUCAUGCCACGGAAAUGCCAACCAAUACUUCAUCGCCCAUACAUCCCAGCCAGGUUGGAAAUGGUGAGCACUGUUCCGCAGCCGAUGAGUCUAUGGAAACAGCGGCUGGACACCAUGCCGCCAACAAUACCUCUGCCAAUACCAGUGCAAGUUCCACGGCCUCCUCAUCGGGCAACAGUUCCAACAGCUCCUCCUCAUCCUCGUCGAAUGCCAACAGCAACUCCUCCUCGGCAGCUGGCAGUCCCGCCAACAACAACACCACCAUGUACGAAUGCAAAUACUGUGAUAUCUUCUUUAAGGAUGCCGUGCUCUACACCAUUCACAUGGGCUAUCACAGCUGUGACGAUGUCUUCAAGUGCAACAUGUGUGGUGAGAAAUGUGAUGGACCCGUGGGUUUGUUUGUGCACAUGGCACGCAAUGCCCAUUCGUAA